GACUUGUCUACCUUCUCGCAGAUGACCUUUUCGCAGAUGGUUAGUUGGAAACGAUCUAACGGAACACAUGUUCCAGACAACGCCAUGACUAGCGUCGGAGGAACUAAAUAUCGGAAACAACAUACGGGAAUUCUAUCAGGAUACUUUUCGCGAAUUCUUUGAGCUUCAGUCUUUCUCUUCUCUACAUCAAACAAUGUUAGAAGCCGUCUUUUAGUAGAGGGCAAAGAAGCUUAAACAACUUACCAAACGAAUAAUCGUCCUUGAAUUGCGAACGCAUAAUGCUCGGAGAGGUUACUGUUCGGGAAAAAGAAAACGAAAAAUGCGUUCUAAAACCCUGAAUUGACCUCGAAUGGCAAAUUAGGGACCAACUGGUUUGUGUACAAAAUGUGUCGCGUAGGUAAUGGCUAAGGGUAAAUGCACCACCGGGGUGCCCGACGUGUCAUGCUCCAGAUCAAAGAAAGCAUAUAUGUCAUAAAAGUAGGAAAAGAAUGUGCUAACUGGAUUAUUCAAUCUAUUACGGUACGAACGAACCCAAUUUCUAUGCAGAUUUCAGCGUAUUCGCGUUUUGUUUUGUUUUUUUCACUGUAUCGAAAAAUAAAUACAGUUGCCAUGCCAACCGGCUUUAGGUAAAGCGUACACUGCUGGGGAAUGACGCUUCUUCCUUAACCAACAUGAAGUGGUUUCGUUUGACUUUCCUUUUAACGCUUCUGGUUGCGUUUGCAUCCGCUUACAAGGGACCUAAGAUCACCGACAAGGUGUACUUUGACGUUGAACAAGAUGGUAACUCCCUUGGUCGUAUUGUCUUAGGUCUUUAUGGAAAGACUGUCCCCAAGACCGCUGAAAACUUCCGUGCUCUUUCUACUGGUGAACAAGGCUUUGGCUAUGAGAACACUAUUUUCCAUCGCGUUAUCCCCAAGUUUAUGAUCCAAGGUGGAGACUUCACUAACUUUGACGGCACUGGUGGCAAGUCUAUCUACGGUACUCGCUUCCCCGAUGAGAACUUCAAGAUCAAGCACAGUCGUAAGGGUCUUCUCAGCAUGGCCAACGCCGGUCCCGACUCUAAUGGUUCCCAAUUUUUCAUUACGACCACCCCCACUCCUUGGUUGGAUGGUCGUCAUGUUGUGUUCGGCGAGGUUCUCGAGGGUUACGAUAUUGUCGAGGCCAUCUCCCGUGUUCAGCGUGAUGCUCGUGACAAGCCUAUCAAGGACGUCAAGAUUGUCAAGUCUGGUGUUCUCGCUGAGGAGGAAGAAAAGAGUGACAAGGAGGCUCAAGAAGAGGGUUCCGAGUUGUAAAAAAGACCACUCAAGGCUUAGCUAUAUGACGUUGUAAUAAUGAACAAGUCAAAUGACUGUUGUUUUACGAAUAAAAA